AUGGAUAUCAAAUUAGCCAAGACUAAUAUACGAAAGCAAAAGGGAGGUAACCUAUUAACCAGUAUUUUAUCAAUGGGCAGAGCCUUGGCACCAACAAUUGGUAAAACACUUGGUUUGUCAGCAUUAGCAGGUCUUGCUAGUGAAGGCGCCAGUCAAUUGGUAAAAAAGAUAUCUGGAGGUAACGUACUGAUGGAUUUUGCAUCAGAAUUAAACAAAAGGGUUGAUAAUAGACGGCGGCCAAAAAGUAACCAGCUGGCUGACAGAAUUCUUGCAUCAGCAUAUGGGGGCAAAGGAGGGGCUUUUUGAUCACACUGAAUGCAAUCGGCCAGUUGAUGCCAUAUGAAGACCUUCUAUCCACAAAACAAAAGCGGGAUCUUCUCAGCGCUAUCAAAACAGGUUCAGAUUUUCAUAUAAACUAA